AUGUCGCGCCCGAGCGCGCGCGCGGACUUGGGGGCGACCGCGAGCGCGCGGUCGUGCGUCGGCGUGACGACGUUCGACGACGGGCGGGAGAGCGCGCGGGGGGUGCCGAGGUGUUACGGCGUGACGUGGCGCGCGGCGGCGGCGUUGGACGAGACGCGCGGACGGACGAUGAAGACGGGGGAGGUUUUGGGAAAGUAUAGGUACGCGUGCGUCGGACGAAGCGCGCGGAGAGUGCCGUUUUAUCCGGAGGGACGACGACGGCCGACGAUGGAGGAGCGUAAGGCUGGGACUGACUUUCCGCUGUGCCAAGGGCUGGAGAUUUUGGUCGCCGAGCGCGCGGCGGCGAGCGACGCGACGACGGAUCGACGCGGGACGCGAGGCGAGCGCGCGAACGCGGGGCGUUCGGGGAGUGGAUCGAUGGCCACGGGCGAGCGUUACGAGGGCGAACGCGGGGGUGGGAGCGAGGUCUUGAGCCGGGUGAACGCGAGCGCGGGUAAAAUAGCGCGAAACAUGGCGCGACACGCCUCCUUCAUCGCCGACGGCGCCUACGCCCUGUUCGUCGGCGGUCGACGAUAG